AUGAAUCUUGGUAGCUUGAAACAUCUCCAAUUCCUUAAUUUGGCAGGAAAUCAGCUAACAGGAGAACCCGGGUUCGAUGAGCUUAGAUUCCUUUCUUCUUUGUUUAAUUCUAGUUCACUGGAAUAUAUAAUUUUGUCUGAAAAUCCUCUAAAUGGCAUCAUACCCGAUUCCAUUGGAAACUUCUCUCAAUCCCUCCAGGUAAUUUAUGCACCUGCAUGCCAAAUUAGAGGCCAGAUACCCAAGAGCAUUGGUUCCUUGAGGAACUUGACCUUCCUUCACUUAGCAAACAACAAUCUGAGUGGAAAAAUACCAUCAUCAAUUAGAGGAUUGGAAACUUUGCAAAGAUUGUAUCUUCCAAACAAUAGGAUUGAAGGGUUUGUUCCGAAUGAGCUUUGUCACCUGAAGAACCUAGGGGAAAUAUUGCUAUCAAAUAACAAAAUCUCUGGAUUGAUCCCAAAUUGCAUAGGAAACCUCAGGCGCCUUCAAAUAGUUCUCCUAGACUCCAACAGCUUUACAUCAUCGAUACCCAUGAGCUUGUGGAACCUUGAAAGUCUGUUGGUCUUAAAUUUGUCAUUCAAUUCUUUUAAUGGCGACUUACCUCAAGGAAAGUUGAAUGCUGUUCAAGUGAUAGAUUUAUCUUGGAACCAAAUUGCUGGAAACAUUCCAAGCGUCAUUGGAGCGUUUCAAAGCCUACGCUCUCUCAAUUUGUCAAACAACCUGUUUGUAGGAAACGUUCCAAAAACUUUUGGUGAUCUGAAAGGGUUGGAAGAUUUGGACCUAUCACACAACAGUUUAUCUGGCACAAUACCAAAGUCUCUGGAAACACUCAAAUAUCUCGAGCAUUUGAAUUUCUCUUUCAAUCAUCUGUCGGGACAGAUUCCUUCUGGCGGACCUUUUGCCAACUUCACUGCCCAAUCAUUUUUGGAGAAUGGAGAACUUUGUGGGAGACCAGAUUUUGGUGUCCGAAAUUGCACCCCUCAAAGCACUCAAAAUUCUAAGGCAGCACUACAUUUGUUCAAGUAUAUUCUUCCAGCCAUUGCCUCCACGGUGAUCCUUGCAGCUCUCGUUUAUAGGUUGAUAAAGUACCAUAAAAAAAGAAAUGCAGGCCUUCCAAGCUCAGUUGAACCCACGUUAUCGGCGAUAGAGCAUAGGAUGAUAUCAUAUCAAGAACUUCGACGUGCUACAAAUGAUUUCUGCGAAAGCAACGCACUCGGAGUAGGAAGUUUUGGUUCUGUGUACAAGGGGAUACUGUCUAAUGGAACAACGGUUGCUGUCAAAGUUCUAAACUUGCAAAUGGAGGGUGCCUUAAAAGGUUUCGAUGCGGAAUGUAAGGUGUGGAGAACAAUCCGGCACAGAAAUCUUGUCAAGGUCAUAACUUCAUGCUCGAGCCAUGAGGUAAGAGCUUUGGUGCUGCAAUACAUGUGUAAUGGCAGCCUUGAGAAGUGGUUAUACUCUCACAACUAUUGUCUGAAUCUUGUACAAAGAGUGAGCAUGAUGGUUGAUAUUGCCUUAGCUCUGGAAUAUCUUCACCAUGGCCAAGCAGAAGUUGUGGUGCACUGUGAUUUGAAGCCUAGCAAUAUCCUUCUCGAUGAAGACAUGGUUGCACAUGUGGGUGACUUUGGUCUUGCAAAAAUCUUGGCAAAAAAUAAAGACGAAACACAAACCAGAACUCUUGGUACACUUGGCUACGUUGCACCAGAAUAUGGUUCUACAGGAAAAGUGUCUACAAAAGGUGAUGUUUAUAGCUACGGGAUUAUGAUGUUGGAAAUAAUCACGAGAAAGAAACCCACAGAUGAAAUGUUUGCCGGAGAACAGACUUUGAUACAAUGGAUAAAUGAGUCACUCCCCAACAAUUGUUUACAAGUAGUGGAUGCUGGUUUAUUGAGCAUAGAAGAGGGCAGAAACGUAAAUGCCACAAAAAAUAUCAUUUUGUCCAUCAUGGAAAUAAGCUUGAGGUGUUGUGAACAAGUGCCAGAGGAAAGAAUGGACUUUAAGGAUGUGGUGACCAAGCUCAUGAAAAUAAAAUUGGCACUUGGAAAUACAAGAAAUAGGGUUUAG